GCUCGGUCUACGAGACCCUCAGCGUGCACGUGUCACGAGGUAGCGCGAUUACCAGCGCACACCACCCAGGCCCAGGCAGGAGACAAAAGCCAUGUCGGCUUCUGCAGCUGCAUCUGCGGGAGAGACACGGCUGGACACAGUGGUGGCUUCUGUAGAACAGAACUCGGAGACCGACCAUGGUUCCACGGCAACAGAUCAAGAAACAGAAUCACCUCCAGUAACAGCUACUACUACUGCUACUACUACAACAAAGGACCCCGAUUCAGACUCUGGCCACGUCUCACCCUCCCCGUCCCACACCCCAUCUCCCCAGAGCCAACGCAAUCAGGCUCCUGGCAUUCCUGAUCGUCGAAAGUCGCAUCGUCCGGGCAAAGGAAGUCCAGCGUCUAGGGGCAAUAACCGCAAAAGCAGUGGCAUCUCCAUUCGUGUAACAUCAGUGGCCGACAUGGCCUCGGAAAUGCGGCUCAAAGAAGCCGACGGCGAGAGCAAUGGCAGCCACAAAGACGACCACGAGAACGACACAUUUGAAGAUGCCGCAUCAUCUCCGCAAUCCACGACCCACGAGCCUGUUGUCCCUGAUGCCAAACCGGCUGCCGUGGAGGAAAAGCUCAAUGGAGGAGGAGGAGGAGGAGCAGGAGAAGGAGAAGAAGGAGGAGGUGGUGGUGGGGCUGGUGACAAGAGCGGAGAGGAGGGCGGAAUGGAAGGACUGGGCAUCAGCCAUGGCGGAGGAUUAGGCAUCAGUAAUGGCAACAAUGCGGAAGGCCCGACACUGGAGAUCGCCGCUCCCAUAGCUCUCACGGACGACGUCAAUAAUCACGGCUCAGCACCAGAGGUGUCCGCUCCAGAGUAUGCCAAGGACCAUGUCAACGAUCGCCGGUCGACAGUAGACAUAUCACCACGCAUGUUGUCUGGCACAACCGCUCCAGAGAAUCGCAAGGACCAUGUCAACGACCACCGGUCGACAACAGACACAUCACCACACAUGUCGCCUGGCACAACCGCUCCAGAGUCCCCUGGCCGCACCACGCGCGGUCUCUCGGGCGACGUGGCACUGCCAGUGCAGCCGCCUCCUAAGACUGCCGAGCGCAGGUCGAAUCUCGAGUCUCGCGAAUCUACCGAACGCAUGGCAUCGUCGCCACCACGCCCGGGCUUCGCGCGGAAGGCCUCGGUGGGCUUUGGUGCAUUAUUAGGCCGGAUGGGCAGUAUACGGAAGCCCGCUCGAUCCCCUCCAUCUCGACAGGGCAGUUUUGUAUCCGAGCGGAGGAACACAACCGCCUCAACGGCCUCCACAGACGGCGAAGGCGCAUCAGGACACGAUGGCUUGAAACCGAGCCUACAGGAACAGUUCUCGAGCCUACGGAGGCAAGAAGAGUUUGGUAGCCCACAGACGAAUGGCGACACGUUGCACGAGGAAGACGAGGAUUCUGCGGCCGUGUCCCCUGCAGGCGACAACGCAACAUCCCCUCCCGCUAGCCCUCGCAAUUCAGGUGGCAGAGUCCGGUCUCCCACGCUCGACGCGAAGCUGCCCCCGGGUACCGCGUCUGGCAUGUCUGCGGGCCCUCCACCAGAACCAAUUGCAGUCAAUUGGGAUUUGUGGCAGCAACUGGUCUCACAAGGUCCUUCUGCAGUCGCGAGGACCAGUGGCGAUGAGAUACGCACCGCCAUUACAGCGGGCAUUCCUCCGGCCAUCCGUGGGGUGGUAUGGCAGGUGCUCGCGGAGAGUAAGAAUGAGGAACUCGAAGCCGUAUACCGGACCCUCAAAGCUCGAGGGACAGAGGCGGAGCACAAAAAGCAUCCGAGCUCGCGGGCGGGCUCUGUAGCGGAUAUCAAUGUGCGGGCGGACUCUAUCGUAGAAUCCAAUUCGGGGUCGAGUACGGAGAAAGAAGGAGUGGCCUCGGAUGCGUCUAGUCAACAUUCUAGUCAUUCUGUAAGCGCUGCUUCUGGUGCUGCAACACCGCCCACAUCGGUGGAGGGUCAUUCUCCGGACAACCAGCCCAAGUUGCUGGCCGAGAAGCAAAAACGAGAAAUUGCAGCGCUGCGGAAGCUGGAAAAAGCAAUCCGGCGCGACAUGGGCACCCGGACGUCGUACAGCAAGUAUACACAAUCUGCGGGACUGCAAGAUGGUCUGUUUGGCGUCUGUAAGGCCUAUGCUCUCUUCGACGAGGGCGUGGGAUACGCACAGGGCAUCAAUUUCAUCGCCAUGCCACUCUUGUUCAACAUGGCGGAAGAAGAGGCGUUCACGCUCCUCGUCCGGCUCAUGAGUAAGUAUGACCUGCGAAGCAUGUUCACGCCGGAUAUGAGAGGUUUGCAUCUGCGACUAUAUCAAUUCGAAAAGUUACUGGAGGAUUACGAACCCGCGGUAUACUGCCAUCUGAAACGGCGGAACGUCGACCCCCACUUAUACGCCACACAAUGGUUCCUGACACUAUUCGUGUACCGCUUUCCACUCCAGCUCACCCUCCGAAUCUACGAUUUGAUCCUGAGCGAGGGUCUCACCGCCAUCAUGAAGUUUGGCAUUGUGCUGAUUCAGCGCAACCGUCAAGCUCUCCUGGACAUUAAGGAUAUGAGCCAACUCACCAACUUUCUUAAGGAGAAGUUAUUUGACGCCUACAUUGACAAAUCUCCCUCCGCCUCUUCCCUCUUAAACUCGGGUUUCUUCGGUUCCGUUACUGGCGGUGCCGACAAAGAGGUAUAUCGGGCGGACGACAUGGUCCGAGACGCGUGCAGCAUUCAGCUGUGCGACGACACUCUCAAGGCGUACGCGGCAGAAUGGGAUGAGUCGCAGCGUGCAGAGCGCGAGCGCGAAGCAGAAAUCGAGCAUUUGCGCACCACGAAUGCUACUCUCACGACCCGGGUCAAGGCACUGGAGGAGCGCGCUCAGCAGCACGAUACGGAACAUGUCACCAUUGCCCAAGAUUUGGUCACGUUGAAAGUGGAAAAUGACUCCCUUUUGGACGCCAAUGAGGCUCUCAAGAUCCAGGUUGUCGAGCUGCAAAAAAUGGUCGACGCACAACCUGCCGAGGUGGAAGAUCGAUUGAAGGCAGAAAUGGACCGUAUCAUGACGAGAAACAUUGAAGUACAGAAUGAAAACCGAGGUUUGAAGGAGGAAAUGGCCGAGAUGGAGCAUGAAUUGGUAAAUGCCAAAAUGGCUCAUGCACAGGCGGUAGCAAAUCACGAUGCUUUGAAGCAAAAGUGGAACAGUGUCCAAUCUAUGCUUAAUGAAUAGACACUUGGUUGGAAAGAGAAAAAAAAACCAAAUGCAUCAGGUAGUUCGCGGAUAGUUGGAUAUAGGGUAGAGAAGCUCGGGAAGGGAACGAAUACACCACAAUUUUUUUAGCCGUGAUUGUGACACUACACCCUGGAGUUCAUGCACAGGCAGGCGACGGGGCGUCUCAUUGGGGAAGGGGAAAGGGAAUGGGAAAG